UGAAUGAACCAAAAAAAAAAAUAAAAAAAAAAUCAAACCUUUAUGUUUGCUAAUGGUGAAUCUCUGAAGAGACAAAAAUGAGUUCAUCAAAAGCCCUAAUCAAAACCCUGAUUAAGAACCCUACUCGCAUCAAAUCCAAAUCUCAAGCUAAGCAGCUUCACGCGCAAUUCAUCAGAACUCAAUCACUCUCUCACACAUCUGCUUCAAUCGUAAUCUCAAUCUACACAAACCUUAAACUUUUGCACGAAGCUUUGCUUGUUUUCAAAACCCUCGAGUCUCCUCCUGUUCUCGCAUGGAAGUCAGUAAUCAGAUGCUUCACCGACCAGUCUUUAUUCUCCCGUGCUUUGGCUUCGUUCGUGGAAAUGCGAGCUUCUGGGAGAUGCCCAGAUCACAAUGUGUUUCCUUCUGUGCUGAAAUCGUGUACGAUGAUGAUGGAUUUGAGAUUUGGUGAGUCUGUUCAUGGGUUUAUUGUUAGGCUUGGUAUGGAUUGUGAUUUGUAUACUGGUAAUGCGCUUAUGAAUAUGUAUUCUAAGCUUCUUGGUAUGGGUUCUAAGAUUAGUGUAGGUAAAGUGUUCGACGAAAUGCCUCAAAGAACCUCCAAUUUUGGAGACGAAGAUUUAAAGGCGGAAACUUGCAUUAUCCCUUUAGGAAUAGAUAGUGUGAGGAAAGUUUUUGAAUUGAUGCCUAGAAAGGAUGUUGUGUCGUAUAAUACUGUCAUUGCAGGGUAUGCACAGAGUGGAAUGUAUGAAGAUGCUUUGAGAAUGGUUAGGGAGAUGGGAACUAGUGAUUUAAAGCCUGAUGCUUUCACUUUGUCUAGUGUGCUUCCGAUAUUUUCUGAGUAUGUGGAUGUUCUUAAGGGAAAAGAGAUUCAUGGGUAUGUGAUUAGGAAAGGGAUUGAUAGUGAUGUAUAUAUUGGGAGUAGUUUGGUUGAUAUGUAUGCUAAAAGUGCUCGGAUUGAAGACUCGGAAAGAGUGUUUUCUCACUUGUAUCGUCGGGAUAGUAUCUCGUGGAACUCGCUUGUAGCUGGGUAUGUACAGAACGGUAGAUACAAUGAGGCUCUGAGAUUAUUUAGGCAAAUGGUGAGCGCAAAGGUUAGGCCAGGAGCUGUGGCGUUCUCAAGUGUGAUUCCUGCUUGUGCUCACCUAGCUACCUUGCACCUUGGGAAACAACUUCACGGAUAUGUAUUAAGAGGUGGCUUUGGGAGAAAUAUAUUCAUAGCUAGUGCACUUGUCGAUAUGUACUCAAAGUGUGGAAAUAUUCAGGCUGCUAGGAAGAUUUUUGACAGGAUGAAUCUACACGACGAAGUAUCAUGGACGGCUAUUAUAAUGGGUCAUGCGUUACAUGGUCAUGGGCAUGAAGCAGUUUCGUUGUUUGAGGAGAUGAAACGGCAAGGAGUGAAACCGAAUCAAGUGGCCUUUGUUGCUGUACUAACUGCUUGUAGUCAUGUGGGGUUGGUUGAUGAGGCGUGGGGAUAUUUCAACAGCAUGACUAAGGUUUAUGGUUUAAACCAGGAGUUAGAACAUUACGCAGCUGUAGCGGAUCUUCUAGGCCGUGCAGGGAAAUUGGAAGAAGCAUACGAUUUCAUUUCAAAGAUGCGUGUUGAACCGACGGGUAGUGUCUGGUCUACCUUAUUGUCUUCUUGCAGCGUUCACAAGAAUCUUGAGCUAGCCGAGAAGGUAGCAGAGAAGAUAUUCACAAUUGAUUCUGAAAACAUGGGAGCUUAUGUUUUGAUGUGCAAUAUGUAUGCGUCUAAUGGGAGAUGGAAAGAAAUGGCGAAACUGAGAUUAAGAGUGAGGAAAAAAGGAUUACGUAAAAAGCCAGCUUGUAGUUGGAUCGAAAUGAAAAACAAGACUCAUGGGUUUGUUUCAGGAGAUAGAUCGCAUCCGAGUAUGGACAGAAUCAACGAGUUUCUUAAAGCUGUAAUGGAACAGAUGGAGAAAGAAGGUUAUGUUGCAGACACAAGCGGCGUGCUUCACGAUGUAGACGAAGAGCAUAAGAGAGAGCUUUUGUUUGGACACAGCGAGAGAUUGGCUGUUGCAUUUGGUAUCAUCAACACAGAACCUGGCACAACGAUUAGAGUCACUAAGAACAUAAGGAUUUGCACGGAUUGUCAUGUCGCGAUCAAGUUUAUCUCGAAGAUCACGGAGAGAGAGAUUAUUGUAAGGGAUAAUAGCAGAUUCCACCAUUUUAACCGUGGAAGCUGUUCUUGUGGAGACUAUUGGUAAUGAAGUGUGAAACUUUUUUGACUUCAUGUUUGUUCAGAUUCAGAGCGACGUCGCAUAGGGAAUAUAUGUUUCAUUACACAGAUUGUAGUGUUAGCCAAAGAAAUGUAUUGUUAUCUCUUGUUUUAAUGGAAUUCAACCAAUUUGUAAAUGGAAAAAAUAUAGAACAAUCAUGUAGAAAUUGACAAAGACCAAAAUAUUGUUUUUGCU